AUGGAGCUGGGCGAGACGGGCGCCCUGCGGGAGCAAUACAGCGACGUGAAGGCCCGGGAGGUCAACGAGGAGGAGGGCGAGAGCGUUGAGCUCCUGCUCAAGCUGCCAGACGGCCAGAGUCAGACCAGGGCCUUUAAGAUGGGCCACACGGUGGCGUUCGUCAAGCUAAAAAUUGAGAAGGACUUCGGCCUCAGCAUGGAGAAGCAGCAGCUGGCGCUAGGGGAGGGCGGCGGGAAGCAGCUCAUCGACAUUCUGUGCCUGGCGGACUACCCGCAGAUAAAGGCGGGCCCCGGGGCCGCCAACACGGUCCACGUGUCCCUCGUUGCGUAG